GAUUCAUUCCUUGCUCAGUUUUGUUAGGUUUGCUUAGGUUCUCAAGAGAGAGAGAGAGUUGAAGGCUUUUUUGUUGUUUAUUGGUGAUUUUGUUGUUGUUUCUCUUUCCUUAUUUUGUAGGUACUGAAGAGCAGGACUUUGCACCUUGACUUUGUUGAAGAGCAUACAAUUCAGGCUAGGUCUUUGAAGUUGGAGAGUAUUAGAUUGGGAUCUUAGAACUGAGGAAAUGGAGGUAUAUGGAAAAUCUGUGGUUGAAGCUCCUUCAAAUGUUAUUUAUCUGUCAAGUAUUUUGGGUCAGGAUGGUCCAAUUCCUGUUCACAAAUGCAACUGGAAAUGCGAAAAUGAACGUGUUUGUGGAAACAUGUUUCGCUGCAAGAUAACAGGGCUGACUCACAUCUGUGAUAAAAACUGUAACCAGAGAAUUGUGUAUGAUAACCACAGCUCUCUUUGCCUGGCAAGUGGUCAAAUGUUCCCCCUCACGCUGGUGGAGGAGCAAGCGGUGAGAGGUGUUCGCAGAAAGCUUGACGCGGAGAAUUCACCCGUUGAUAACGGUGGUUGUAAGCGUAGAAGGGAUGCACAAUUUCAUCCUUCUCCGUUCGAGAGGUCUUUCUCUGCUGUCAGUCCUAUCUGCAGCCAAGUUGGAGAUGGCAUGGAUCUGAACUAGAUGUCUAUUAUAUAACUGAAAAGACUUUUUAUCAUUUUUCAUGUUCUGUUGAAGUUUUUUUUAUCUUUUUUCUAUCAGCUGAGUAUCUAUAACAGAACUUGAACUAUUAUGAGUUACUUAUUGGUGGACUUGAUGUGUCCCCAUAUGAUGUAGGAAGUACUUAUGUUUCUAGCAAUAAUGGAAUGUAGCAUUUAAAUUAACUUGAGUGUUGAAUGGGGCUUUGACCUUUGGGCAGUUUCUUGUUAACCUUAUUGAGCAUCUCACUGCUAUGGCUUACUACAGGAUGUGUGUAUGAGCAAUGUGCUCACUUUUUUCUGAUAGUGUGUCGCAAAGUAGCCAUAUUUUAGUAUUAGCAUACUUAUUGCUAAUGUCUUGAGUUAGCAUUCUUUCAAUAGCAAGCAAUUUUGAAUCUUGCCCUAUUGAUAAAUUUAUUUAGGGUUAUGUUGAUAAACUUGAUGUAAGACCAGGUUCUCACCACUCUCAGUUCUUCAUUUGAAGAAUUUUGGUAUUUUAUUUGUUGAAGACUAAAUUGUGUUUUGCUUUUUAACUCUUCCCAUUUCUGUUACAGGCUCAAGGGUGAUGAUCUAGUUCACAUUUUCACAUAUGUUAAUCACUUUUCAAUUACUUUUUGUUUGUGAUUUGAUUGAGGUUAAUGUAACUUGUGCAGGUUCUGAAGUAUGCUUGCAAGGAGCAUUCAAAGAAUUUAUGUUGCAAUGCUGAAUAUUUUUUUAUGAUAUUGAAUUGCUUUAUGUUAUGCCAUGAAAUAUUGAUAAUUGUCUUAUUUUCUUAUUGGCACAGGCAUUGCAACUUUUGCUUGAAUCUCUGUCUUUGCUGAAGUCUGGAGAAGCAGAAAGCAAUGGGGGUGAUAAAUAGUUAAAAGACUAAGCGGGUGAUCCUGAAAUCAUUGGAUUUCAAAAGAACUGAGGCAAGAACAGUUAUGAUUUGAUGCUCUUCAGAAAUGAUACAAACAUGAAUGUGGAAAGCAAUGGGGGUGAUAAAUAGUUAAAAGACUAAGCGGGUGAUCCUGAAAUCAUUGGAUUUCAAAAGAACUGAGGCAAGAACAGUUAUGAUUUGAUGCUCUUCAGAAAUGAUACAAACAUGAAUGUGGAAAGCUGAAGAAGAAGGGAUGCCUAAUCUUGAAUAUUGAUUUACUUUGAAAUUUCAGACCUCAUGAACCUGCCAUGUGUGUGACUGAGGUCUCGAGUUCAAGUCCUAGAAACAACCUCUUAUGUAAAGAACAGGGUAAGGUUUACGAUAGACCAAGUGGUCGGACCCUUCCCUAGACCUCGCACAUAGCGUGGGCUUAUUCUGCUUGAGGUUCCACUUAGUACUCUAUUUCUUGCACACACUGAGGUGGCAUUGAGCAAAUAGAGAGAGGCCUUACUAGGAUACUGUAAUCAUCUUCCAUCUGUCAUACCUGCAUAUUAUUUCUCUUAUAAUUGUGUGGAAGGAUAGAAAGUAAAUUCUCCAAAUUGCCUUGUUCAUGAUUUAUGUUGUAGACUUGUGGUUUCUACUUCUAAUAGUAUGUCACAAGCACAUGUAAUAAGCAGAACAACUCUGAUUCUGAUAUUUGUGAAAGCUAGAGCUUUGUAAAAUAUUUUUCAUUUUCUAACA